AAUCCUUAUCUAUCGGUAAGCAACGACAUAAACCAUGCUCUCGAGAAACCCGCGCACUGGAUGAACUCCGCUCCAUGCAGGUCACCGAUAAUCGUAUACAUCGAUUCCACUCCUCGUCGCUGAUUUUCGAUCGUUCACUACUUACUAUAGCAACGAUGCGUCACUUGUCCAAGAAUAUGAUGUAAAGGGAGAGGGGAGAUAGAUAGAGAGAGAGAGAGAGAGAGGGAAUGAGAGAGAGAAGUAAAGGGGCGUAGGAAGGUCUGUACCCAUGGGAAAAGGAUAUGGAGUCGAGGGCUGACUAGAAGAGGCCUGGAGAAGGGGAAAGAACGAAUGACGCAUAAAACAGCAGGAUAUCACGAAGGAUACCUAGCGUGGCCGAUCGCGGUCACGGCGUUUCCGAUUACGACUACUCGUUUCAUAGACCCACACAUAGGUACGAGACUCGCGUAUCAUGUAGGAGCCAUGGGUGCGACCUAUGGGUGUUUCGCGGUUCGUUGCGGAUCGAUAACGCGUAAAGACUAUCGAGAGAGCGCGACGCGCGCCUCGAUCGACCUAAGUUUGUAGUAGGAACGUAACCGUUCGCCGUGGUGUUUCCCGUCGCGACACCGUGCCGCCGACUCGCCGGAGGAGAUCGCCUGUCGCCGACUGGCGCCCCGGUCACUUCGUCCAACGCCGCGCCUUCUCUCUUUCUCGCCACUACUCGCUGGUUCGAUCGCGGGACCUGCGAACAGAUACUACCGCAGGUACCCGUUUGGAACACGUUGGUCGCGCGACAACGGAAGUUGUCGAAAACGUGCGAACGACCGUGAAACUCGCUUCGAACUAGUCGGGCGGGAAAAAUGAGGUCAACCGUUGUUGGUAUCGCGCGGUAUAGGUGACUGGAGGAAACGAAAGAAACGAAAGUCGUAAAGGUAGAUGCGGCAAAGUAAACGCGCUUGCGCCUUGCGGACCACGGACGACCACGCGUUGCGGCGAUAGAGGAGCGGAAAGGGAGAGACGCGCGUCACAGUGAGACUUUUGGAGACGACGAGACGUGGGCGCUGGGAACCGUGGCAAAAUCACCGGCAAACAAAUGAAAGAUACACGUUGCAACGAUCGAAUAUACACUGUACAGUCACGAUAAUCACGGUACGAGUAAUCAGAGGAGCGGCGAUCCAUGUACAAUUAUAGAGCACCGUGCAGAGCAAACCACCGCGUGCCGGAGUCUUAGGCGAAACGACAAUUAACUGGAGUACUACGAUCAAAACGUGUUCGAGAGAACGUGGUAGCGAGCAGAAAUCACGCGUGUCACUAGAUCCACGGGCCAGUGGUCGAUCAUUGAUCGAGCAACGCGUUCACCGUGUCUGCCUCAGACGCUCGACGAGGUCUGCGACGAGGCUCCGCUACAACACGAAUAGGAGAUGACGCGAUCCGCAAAUCGCGAGAGAUGACGCAUUCGAUGACGAAACACUGCGUGUGGAGGCGGCAAUGAAAUCGAACGUGUUUACGACUUGGCAAAGUGGGAACAAUUACGAUUACUAUCACGAUCACAGUGGUCACGCUCGUCGCAGUGAUCACGCUGUUAAUGGUGACAAUAAGACCGUGCAGGUGUCGAGAUGGAAUUUUAAAGACUCAGAACUGAUCGGAGAGAAGAAGAAUCGUCGAUCUUUGACCACGAUCGCUCGCGAUCGUUCGUCCGCGUCGGCUACAGCACGGAUCACCGAAAGCUCUUAAAGCACGAGUCUCGACGGAUCGGCGGGAAGAAGAUCGAGUUAAAAACGCGGGGGAAAAAGGGGGAGCGUCGCGAGAUCGUGGAAAAGCGCGUUGCGGGCGAAGGAGUCGACGAUCGACAUCGAUGUGACCCAGGGAAAGGAAAACUGCUGAGAGGCGGUCGUUGGGCAAAAUCAAGACACGGAGACAGUGCCGUAGUCCUGGGGGCCCAGGGUAUACGCAAGAUCUAUUAAUAACUUGUAAUACGGUAGUAGUGGGGCGCUGUUCGCUAGCGGGUGAAAAUAGAAAAGAAUGUUUUUGGAAUCCAAUUGGACUUGGUUGGCCGAACGAUGGGGCAAUAUGGCCGACUUGGCCGAGCGGGUGGACGAUCUGAUAUGCAGUUUCGACUCAGCUGGUGAUACGACCAUGGAUACGUUAUCGAUGCUGAUAUUUGGCUGGAUGUUGUUCGGAUUAGUGGUACUGUGUGUCGGCAAAUACGUUUACAAUCGAUUCGUUUUAAACGAGCUCGGUUCUGGGGCAAUAGUUACCGCCAAGGACGGCCAUAUCGUUCACGGUGAUAGCGUCGGUGUCAGUGGUGGUGCUGGUGCUGGUGGUGCUGGUGGUGGUGGUGGUACUGCCGGUGGUGGAGGUGGUGGCGGCGGUAGUGGAGGCAAGUUACUUUCGCUUGGCAAGCAAAAAAUCGUUUCAUCGGGUUCGGUAUCCUCGGGGGCCGGGGCAGGUGGUGGCGGCAGCGCCGGUUCCGGAUCGCACGCAGCCGCCCCUCAUCCUUCCGGUGGCGGUACCAGUUCAACUUCCGGUAUCGGCUCGUCGCCGUCCUCUUACGUUCCACCGACGCCUCCUGUACGCAAACGUCUCACCAGAAAGUCGUCCGGUGUUCUCAUCAGCCCCGCAAGAAGUAGCAAAAGUUUGAAUUUGCCGACCGCCACUGGGGCCGACCCGGAUGCCGUACGCUGGGUCAACGAGAUCAUCGUUUGGCUCUACUCAGAUCCAGCGAUAUUGGAUCAACUCCUGGCUGCUUGGGUCGCGUCUCUCAAUGAUUUUACCAGCAAUUCCGUCGACGAGCACGGAGUCGGAGUCGAGUUCGUCCGAGUUUUACCCGAAACACAUCCACCGAAUCUCUCUAACAUCUUUUGCGAAUGCGACUCCAAGGAUGACGUGACGAUCACGUGCGAUUGCGAAGCAACUCCAGCGUUACAGUUAAAAGCGUCUCGCCGGAAGGCUGAUAAACUCGAAGUCAGCCACUAUCGCGUAAACGUAAAUCGUUUCCGCGCGCGAUUAAACGUCAUCUGCAUCACCGAGAAGCUUCUGCUAGACUUGAAAUGCGACGGCUGGCCGGACGUGAAAGUCUCGCUGGCCCAAGUAGGCACGAUAAAGAAAGAUCUGGACGAGAGCCAAUUGCAGGAAGUCGUAACGGAAAUCGUAAUAGGCGCGUUAAGGGGGACCAAUGUUCAUCUGAAUUUGUUCCAAUAUCCGAGCUGUCCACGGUUAUGGAGGGAACCGGCGACCACGCAACACAGCUUUUCGAUGCCUAUGCAUUACGACAACGUGACGACGUCGAGUGGUUCGCUUCAAGCCUCCAGACAACGACUUCAAACUCAAAGUCCAACACCGACGCAAAAUCAAUAUAUUGCCAGUGACAGAAGGCUGCUGGUCAAGGUGGUGAAAGCGACGGAAUUAGGCGGCGAGCAGGGCGCUUUAGAACCGUAUUGCGUCGUUGAAUUGGACGAACCACCGCAGAAAAAUCAAACGUCCGUCAAGAAGGAUGCUCGAAACCCAUUGUGGGACGAGGCAUUUCUAUUCGAUGUUAAUCGUAAUACGUCGGAAGUACUGCUGGAGGUCUACGAUCGCGUAAAUAAGACCCAACGGUUCUUAGGUUUGGGUAUCGUCGGUAUCGACGAGCUGCUCGCAAAUCCCAGUCAGAGACAGAUCAUACCUCUUCAAAAUCGACCGUACGAAGAGGAAGAUAUCACCGGCACUCUGACCGUAGAGUUUCUAUUCAUCGAGGGCGCGGAGGUGCCUCAAAUUGGGAGCAAACCUUACAAGGUGAAGGAGACGAUAAAGCCGGUGUCACCGACUCCUCGUACCUACACCCCGACAAAUCUCAUCAGCGACAAUAGUCUAAAUUACAACAAUGGUAACAGCACACUUAUCUUGUACGACUCUACCGUUCAAUCCGAAGGGGACUAUCUGACGAAUGGCAACGUGGUGGAUUCGCCUUACAGAACUGGACAAAGCAACGGGAACAAAGGAACUCUGAUAGUGCACAGCCAGCAAAGGCAGCCAGAGCGGCAGGUGGUUAAGGUCGCCCUGACGGAAAGUGGAAACUGGCAGGAAAUCUCUCCGGAGCAUGGACCGAAAGAUACCAGCGUGACGUCGGGACCAGAAAGCACACCGAAUUCUUCCAAUUCCGAAGAAAGGGGCAGAACGAGAAGAAAAAGGCGAGACUUCUUUGGAACGAUAAAGAAACGACUGAGUCGAUCGAAGACGAGAAGCAGAUCGGUCGGACCGGAAGGUGAUGCGAACCACGAGGAUCAACACUCCAGAUCUAUAUCUGCGGACAGAGCGCGUGAUCCUGGCUCGGUUCGUUUAUCGAUACCAGGGAGGGAAGAGCAUUCGAGGCGAUCGAGUUUGAGCGAAGCAUCCGGUAUAAGCGGAGCGUCGACCAGAACUUACGUUAACGAGGCUUCCACUUUGGUUCUCGAGACUCUCGAGAAUGGUAUUAAAAAGCAUUACCUGGUACCAUUGUCGCUCGCUCAAAAGAGCAAAUGGCGAAAGAAAGGCACGAAGCUUCACAUAUUCAACGAUCACACUUUCAUAGCGAAACAUAUGGCUGGUGGGACCGUAUGCGAGGUGUGUAAGCGAACGCUUGCUCGAAGAUUGGGCAAGCAGGGUUACGAGUGUAGAGACUGUCAAAUGAAGUGUCACAAGCAUUGUCACGUUAAAGUGGAUAUCACGUGUCCCACAUCUACCAUUCAGAGCAUCGAACUAACGUGCAUAAAGAACGUGCAACGGCCCGACCGCAGAUCGAUCAGUCGGCUCUGCUGAUGAAAUCUUGGACGAUCUACUUGCGGCCAUGUUCGAGAACCGAGUCGUUUGUCCUGACAAAAAUUGUCGUUCAAAUCGCUUCGUACGUAGUGGCACAUUUGCGAAGCGAAUCACGCUAUUGUAUCGUACACGAUAUCGUAGGCAACCUCGCGUGAGGAAAGGCUGCCAGCUACCUACGAUAAGCGUUACGAGUGGUUUGCAAGCACGAAGCGCUUUUGAACGCCGUAGCACCGUUCUCUGUUACCCGCUACUGUUACUAUUACGCUUUUCAAUAUCUACAAAACGAAUACGAACGCGAACACGAACGUGAACGUAAAUACGAACGUGAAAACGAAGCGAACGAAACGAAACGGAUUAAGCGAAGAAACCGAACACAAUCGUGUACAACUUUCUUCUAGAAGCAGAACGUUGUUCGGUUCGGAUAGUGGUGAAGAGUGAGCGAUACGUCUCGAACGGCUGAAAUAAAUAACGUUCGUGGCGAAUCGCGAGAUAUUUAUCCGUUACUAUCUACUAUAGUUUCCUUACAACCUUUCGAAUUUUCACGAAACUUUUUACACUUAAAGGGACGUCCGAUUUUCUAUCGAUUCGUAAUCUUAAGCCUUAAGCGAUUAUAUUGUACCCAUUUUGCCUUUUUCUUUCGUUCGUUUCUCUCGCUCGUUGUUUUAAGAAGAAAGGCAGAACCUUUUGGGGAUAUACGAUGUAUCUGAUAGAAUUUGAGAAAAUGACAUCGACGAGAAACGAAACACGUGAACGAUAGUGCCUCUAGAUACGAAAGUUUGUCGUUAUCUUUGAAAUAUUGUAUCUUUAUCCCGUGAAAGUAAUACUUUUGACAAUAUUAUCGAUCGUUGUAUCGAUCAAUCAAACUCAAACGCUUCAACGCGCACACUUGUGCCUAUGUAUCGUGCGUAAACAAAGCAUCGUAAUCUAUGAAUGAUACGUAUUACCGGCUGAUAAAUAUUACUAUAAUCAUAAUUAAUAUAAUUGAUGAUUACGAUUAUGACAAUUAUCAUUACUAUUGCUAUUAUUAUUCUUAUUAUUAUUAUUGUUGUUGUUACCGAUAUCGUUGUUACGAUUGUUACUACCAUACCUAAGAAUAGAAAAUAAUGGUCUACGAUGGUCUACAACCGCUACGCCGGGCAUAUUCAAACAGCUGUUGUAACAAUGAUGAUAAUGAUAAUAAUACUGUGUUACGUUGAAAGAAAUAAUAUGGUUACAUUAUGAUUCUA